GUGUGGUGUGGCAACCCGCCAAGGAUGUGCGCCCGCUUGUCUUGGGCAUACACCGAAUUGAAGAGGAGUGGUGCUUUUUCAUUUUUUCGCUGUAAAAAAUAAAUUGCAACGCCCUUUGACUUGUUGAGCAAAUUAGUACUAACUUGACGGUGAUGAAGUAUUGAGUGUUACGAACGGGAUAAAGGUAAAACACAUUAUUAGGGUUUUUACCUCCUCCAGGCACCACGGUACUGCGAGCCAGUUGCCUUCGGCAAGCGAGUUCUACUAUCCUUACAAGACGAACUGGGCCGGGGAUGUGGUAAUCUAUUUCGAAGAUGGAACGUGC